AUGGCCGAGGCCUCCUACUAUUCGCUCUCGUUUCUCGAACCCCGUGCACUCAAGAAGGAGACCCUGCGAGGCCUCUACACCCAGGCGCACAACAACUUACGUUCCAUCGCCAAAUCGGCGCACGAGCUGGAUGCCGUCAGCGAGGACGCCGGCAGCGAACACGAGGAAGCGACCAACCCCACCUUCUUUGCCGUCAUGCUCAAGGAUUGCUGCCUGUUGGUCGAGUGCCGAUUAGAAAUGGUCACCGUUUACGGGACGCUGGCGAAUUCGAUGGGGCCACCACCGCGGUACCAGAACCUGUCCUCGCUCACCGCAAAGCUCGCCGAUCGUGUGCGAAAUCCCAAGUCCUUCUCCCACCCGCUCACGCAAACCCUCCGGAAUCAUCUUCUCUACGAGUUGAUGAUCCUUCAGAAGCUGUUCCGCAUUCAGAUGGCAAUCGGCAGCUACCAGUUCAAGGACUGCACCUUUCUCUCUUUCCAGUGCAAAACCGAUCUCGACCAGUGGAAGAAUCUUCUGGCCGAAUGCCAGUCGUCCAAGGUGACGUUGAGCAGGACGCUGUUCUACUUUGGCAACAUCUACAGCCAGCAGCGCAUGCCCAACGGACGACCAAUGGACGUUCGAGCGCUCUCCGCCGCUUCGCGUCCCGAUUUCUACGCCGUGAUUGAGAACUUCGCUCAGAACACGGAAGCGUUGAGCGUGUGCGUUGUAUAUGAGGUGCCGCGCGAGGCCAUACCCGGAAUGGAGUUCAGUCCCGAGGGGUACAUGCCGCCGUCGGCGCUCAAGAGAUACGAGGCACCCAAGGGUCUCAACUCUUGGCCCGCCAUUUUUGCCUAUCCUGGCGAGCCGCCAGCUGACCACUGGCCCAAUGUGGUGAGUAUGAUCCUCGACAACGACGGAGACCUUAAGCAAUACAAGCAAGCGCUGAUGUACUUCGACAAGGCCAUCGACUACACGUACGCCGCCGUGCGCGUCGACGUCGCCUACACUCUUGUGGCAAUCUACCGAGGGAAGCAACGAGCGAGCGAGAGCGUCAUCAAGAGUUCGAUGAGCACCAUCGCCGACCAUCUGCGCAACACCUCCACCUUCGCCCGGCUGCGACCCAAGUAG